AUGAAAACGUUACUAUUUGCAGCAUGCACAAGUGGUGAAACUAGACUUGUAGAAUGGUUUCUGAAUUCAAAUUGUUAUGAAUCAUUAGAAUUGCAGGAAGCCUCGAACGUUUCUUGUGCACGCGGGAAGAUCGAUGUAGUUAUUAUGCUCCAUAAACGAUACAAUGAGAAGGCGUGUAAUGUUAAAGCUGCUGUGAAUUGCGCCUGUUUCAGUGGAAGUAUAGAAACAGUUUAUUGGUUAUUAAAUACCUUUCAAGAAAAAGAUGCAGAUUUGGAUGUUGCAUUAGCAAUAGCAUGUGGAAACGGAAAAAACGACCUAGUAAUGUGGCUUCUCGAGAAGUACGAUAUGAAGUUUGAUAUGAAAUUGGCAAUACUUGAAACAUUCAAGGCAAGCCUCAAAAAGGAGAGAUCAAACGGUAAAUUGUCAGAAAACAGUAGCUUUCAACUUUUAAACUGGAUGCUUAAGGAAUGUGGUAAUCAUAUACUGGACAUUAAAAUAUCAGUUGUUCUAGCUUGUAAACAAGGAAAGAUAGGCCACGUUAAAUGGUUAUUUGACAAAUUCAGUGAAGCGUGUAGAGAUAUAAAUCCGAGUGAAGCGUUAGAAGCUGCUUGUCACGGCUUUGAUACAUUUGCCCUUUACUUGUUUCUGGUUAAAAGAUUUAGCGAAAGAAAAUUUGAUUUACAAAAGGUAAUGCAAUGUGCAUGCGAGUUUGGAAAUGAUCAGAUUGUAGAAGAUCUACUAAAACGGUUUGACAAAAACAAAUUGAAUGUUAAAGAAGGUAUAUUUGUUGCUUGUCUGAAAGGCCAUCUAAAUGUUCUACGAGUAUUAUGGUUGUAUGCUAAGCCUAAAUAUUUUAGAGAAAAGCGUUUAAUGAAUUUAGUGAGCAAUAGUGAAAACUCCGAAAUGGUUAAUUGGUUGAUGGCUGCGGUAGAUCGGUCAAAAAAGGACGAUAAACCCGCAACUUGA